CAAUGAGAGGAGAACAUUUGCUUCAAUGAGAGGAGAACAUUUGGUUCAAUGAGAGGAGAACAUUUGCUUCAAUGAGAGGAGAACAUUUGCUUCAAUGAGAGGAGAACAUUUGCUUCAAUGAGAGGAGAACAUUUGCUGUCAGCCACCAAAAAUGUCAACACUGAUGAUGAGAAUAGAUGGAUUUUUCUUUUAUGUAACCGUUUCGGUGUCGAGCAACUAUUCAACUUUUUAAAAGGUGGACGGCUUCUUUUUGGAUGAUUCUGCACCUUUUUGGAUGAUUCUGCACCUUUUUGGAUGAUUCUGCACCUUUUUGGAUGAUUCUGCACCUUUGGACUUUGACUCUCCAAAGUGUAGACGAGUCAUGUGACCUUCUGCCAAGUGGGAUCUCUGUGGAAGCAGACUCCAGAAGGUUCUCUCCGGCUUUGAUUGUUUGAGACAAGCACGACACAAUGAUUUCCUACGUGGAGUGUUUGGGUGGAGAAGGUGCGGGGCCCGGAGUGGCAUCUCGCUGCUGGAAUUUGGGGCCCGAUGAGGAGCUGGAUGAGCUCCUCCCACGCAAGAUGGCCGCCCUUCAGCCCAAGACCCAGGGCAGUCUUCGGCGACGCCUGCUGAGCGCUAAAAUCCAUCAACACCAUGAAGCUAUUUGGAGGGCUCAGGCAGAUAGCGGCGGAUGGCCACCCGCAGGCGAGCAGAAGACCCCGCCUCCUCCUCCUCCUCCUCAGUAUUGCGGCCCCCGCUUGGAUGGCCAGCACCGCCCACCACGACCCCAGACCCAGGCGUCUGUCUCUCCACAGGCUCACAAUAAACUCCUUUUAACUCCAGAAGUUGAUGAAAAGCAGAGUCUGCCAUCCCGCCAGGUGCCUCGCCCUGCUCUCGCCCAGUGGCGCCGGACCAGCUUCUGCCCUCCCAGCCCGCAGCCCCGACCCGGUUAUGACCAUCCUGGCUCCAGACCUCAGGCACUAACGGCACCUUUCAGGAAGUCCGACAUGCCGCCUCAGGUCCACUACCGUCCUAGCAGGAAGUGCAAGAACAAAUUAUUCUGUUUUAAAAAGCAGCAACGCUCCGAGCAGGAAGCCACUCCUCUUUUACACAAAGCACGGGAUGGGGACAAGUGGCCUGAUCACUACACUACCCAGAAUCCUCAGCAGGGUCGGCUCUUCAUCCCUGAAAAAGUCAAAUGCAGUGGUCCUGUGGACUUGCAAGUACAUUGUGGACUAACUCGGAAUGGAGGCAGCAUACCGACCAGCUCACUUCUCUGCAACUCAGCCGCUGACUUCUGCACAUCCUCUGGAAUCCACCAAUCAGAGGCCACUGUGCACAGACGCUGGCGGGACAAAAGCAAAAAGAUGAGGUCCACAUUCUGGGACUUUCUCUCUCAGUCGUGCUUUUCUGUUUGUCUCAAGUUGUCUGUUCGGAGGAGAAAGUCCUCAGUGUCCUCAGAUGAAGAGGAAGCGAUCAUCGACAACAACACGCCACCUCUUACCCCACUUGUCCUCAACCCUGUUGGCCUCACUGCCUGUUGGAAUAUCUUCACUUGUGAGCUGGAGCUUGGCAUGAAAACCGAGGUGACUGCCCCACUCCCAACCCCAGAGGAAAGGAUGAGGCAGCAGGCAAAGGCCAUCGCUGCUGAAAUAGUUGCUAUCAACAUUACAGGAGAGAAUUUUGAUCGCCAGGCCAGCUUUCGAAAAGUAGCUUCCAACACUGACUCCAUGCAUUGUGGCUCUCGGAACCUAAACUGCCGCAAGACAGUCACCAAGAUCCCUGUUGAUGCUAUCCAAAAACAAGACUUACCUGAGGGUCAGUCUUCUACAGAUGCCCUACUUGACUCCUCCCCUAGCCAACAGAAAGAAGAUGAACUCGCUGGGAAGAAGAAAGAGUCGUCGAGAAAGAUCCGAGCCCCUAAAGGGCAAGGAAUAUCCAGUCUCAUGGCAUCCCUCACCUUGCCGCGUGUCAACUCAUAUCAUGGGCGUGUCCUCUCUUCUGAGGUCCACAGUCUCCCCUGCAUGCCCACCAACUCCUCCUUGUACUCAGACGCCAGCUGUAACAGGGUCUCGUACAGUACACUUAGCGCCUCCUCUUCCUGUUCCCAGGGUUUCUCCAACGACCAUCAGCCCGUGCUUCUCCUUGAACCCAUCUCAAGGGUCAUACCUCAGUCUCCUUCUUUAUCCGUUCCUCCCUCACAUCUCAGCAGCCCUGCCAAUACUCAGAAGUGUGAGAGGUCUUCCGCCUGUGAUCAGGCUAGCCAGUUUCAAGAUGCAGCCCACAGCCACCCCAUUUCUUCCUCCAUCACAGUGUCUCAAGAUAGCUGUCGGACCCUUUCCGUCUGCAGCAGCGGUUUUUCAUACCACGGGGAAGGGUGCUUCGAGCCCACAUUUCCCAUCAUACCAGCUGGUGGCAACUGGAGUACCAUUGACCAGGAGACAUGUUCAAUUUCCCUAAUCUCCUCUGGUUGCGCUUCCCCUUGUAACAUUGAUGCCAAAGCUGUGGUUCCUGAGGAUGUGACCCCAUCUACUUUGCAGACUCGAAGCAGAUCAUCCAGUACCUCCUCUUGCCGCAGCAUCUUGCUCCGCAGGUCCAAGCGCCCACCUCCCCCACCUUUACGGUGCGACUCCCUCAGGCAUCAAACUGACCGCAGUAAGACAUCCCGUCCAUUAUCCGGCCCCUCUCUGGAGCAAAGCUCUUCAUCAUGGCCUCUGACCUCCCAUGAUCCCUGGGUACCGAGAAAGCACACCAAACGCUUCCAAAGCGAGCUGCACAGUGACACAGUCACUACCUUUGAGCCUUUAGGUGCUUCAUCAACCACUGACCACCCUGCCCUCAUCCCUGGUUCUCCAGUCUCAAAAGAGGAGGGGCUCAAAUCAUUUGUUAUCACCAAACCAGCUGCUUCUUCAAUCCCAAGCCUUCAACAUCAAUCCAAUACUCCCCCUUCAGUCACCCCCAUCUCUUCUCUUGUCACAACAAGCCCAGGAGCCUUCUCUCUUCCCCAAAUGUUCUUUUUCACCCCCGGUUGUGCAUCUUCCAUACCCCUGUGUCCCAAGACAUUAAAAUCCCACCCACCAGAGAGGGGGUCAUCUCUAUCCUCUCCAUAUUCUCCCACCCCCUCCCUAUCAUCCUGCACCUCCUCUGACUUCUCUACAAAGUAUACUCACACCCCUCCCCACUUUCCUCCGGCUCCUCCUCCUCUACCACCUCUGACCAUUACCCUUCCUCCUCCUUUUUCUCCACCUCUGCCACCUUUAACUUGCACCUCUGCUCCUCUGCCACCUGUGUCUCUUAUUCCUCCUCCCCCCCCUCCGCUUCCGCCUCCACCUCACCCCACUCCUCCAUCUUCAUCCCGUCCCCCUCUUUGCUCACUUCCAUCUGGCAGUUGUUCUACUCUUUUUCCUUCAGCCAUUUCUUCUUCCCUUUUGCCUUCAUCAAUUCCACCUCCCCCCCCUCUCCCUCUUACUUUCACUGCACGGCCCCCCCCUCCUCCAUACUCCCAGUCCUCCCAUUAUGCUGUGCUAUCAAAGACAGUAUCAUCAACCCACUCUCCUCCUCCUCUUUCUGCUGCUGUCCCACACUCGCCUGAGGGGUGGUACUCUCUUUCAGGCAUUAGCACCCCCCCCGAGACUUGUGUGAAAGGGUUAAACCUACUCCCAUGCCCCCUCAUCACGUCGCAGGCAUUGCAGGGUGUCAAGCUUCGCUCCAUUACCAACCAGGAAGUUCCAAACCAAUCCAGUACUUCGUUUGUUGACUCCAAAGUUGUCUUGUUGUCAAGCAGCUGUGCUGAUGCUAACAUUAACAGUCAUACAGAUGCUUAUCAGCUUGAUAUGAAAUCAGACGCAGCUUGUUACAGCUUUGCCUGUACUGAUUCAAAGCAGCCUGGACUAUUGCCAUGUUCUGAAUGCAUGCCUACAAAUGAGUCUCUUUACACUUCUUUCCAUCAUGCUUGCCAAGAUGGUCAGUCAGAACAUAACAAUGAGGAGGGAGAUGGCAAAACAGUCAGUGAUGUAAAGCUUUAUCCAGGGAAGGCUGUGAACUUGAAGACAAAGCCUGAUCUUCCAAAGAAGCCAGACCUUAGCAUUGUUGGGGUAAUGGCAUCUCCAGAGUCCAUAGGAGGCCUGGCAUCUGAUUUUGUGACAUGGAACCAUAUCACAUGUACCACACUGGAUAAAAUGGCACACAAACCUGACGACAUCUGUACGGUGUCACCUCCUGGUUCACCUGGUAGUCUACACAGGGAGCUAGAUCUGCCAUUCCACAAUGAAUCAUUUCUACAGAACGCUGGCCCAAUGGGUACCAUUAAUUCCACAGAAUGUGUCAUUGCACCCUCAGGUACCAUAUUUCCCAGUGACACCUCACGGAGCAAUCAUAGCUGCCAGUCCUCAAGCAAGAUGGACACGUCACCAUCCUCCACAAGCCGUGAAACUCUUACGGCGAUAAGGCCCUGGUGCGCUUUGGAGGUAUUAAAGGUUCAGAGCACUUUAGCAGUCCAAACCAGUGCAGGGAUGCCACUUGGGCGAGAAGCGGACAGACAAUGUCAUGGUAAGAAGAAGAAGUUGUCACCAUUUGGGAACGAAGAAGGUCAGAAAGACAGACAAACAGGAGAAAAUGCCAAAUCAUGGAAGAGGACAGCAGGUAGACGCCUGUUGAUGACUUCAUUAGCUAGGGUGUCCUCCUCCUCGUCCUCAUCAUCAUCGUCAUCCUCAGAUGAAGAGCUGGAAUCCCAGCUGCUGACAAAAGAGAGCUGCUCUCUGAGUAGUGUGCUGUCCCCGGACAAGCUGCAGGGUUCAAUGCCAGACCUCCUCAUUGAAGAGACCGCGGAGUUAGAGGAGCGUGCCGCCAAGAUGGUGGAUAGUUGCAAACGUUUCCAUUCCAGUAACUUGACUGAAAGUGGACCACCAACAAGUGAGGACCUGUUCACUGUCAUUCACAGCACUGCAUUAUGGGAAGGAAUGGCUUGAUCGGCAUGCUAGUUGAUGUUUGCUCCAAAAAGUCUCAUUCUGGCGAUGAUCACCCACUUCAGGAAAGUCAAAGCCCCACCAUCCCCCCUCACCCUGAUUGACUCUCCUGCCCCCGUCUCCAUUGUGGACUCCAUCCUUUUCCUGGGCACCACCAUCACCCAGGACCUCAAGUGGGAGCCAAAACAUCAGCUCCCUCAUCAAGAAGGCCCAGCAGAGGAUGUACUUCCUUCUCCACCGUGACAAAAACAUAUAUAUAUAUACAUACAUCCAUCUUCUACCGCUUGUCCCUUUUGGGGUCGCGGGGGUUGCUGAAGCCUAUCAUAUUUACAUUUGGGUGGAAGGUGGGGUACACCCUGGACAAUUCACCACUUCAUCACGGGGCCAACACAUAUGUACAACAUUCACACACUAGGGACCAUUUAGUGUUGCCAAUCUUUGGAGGUGGGAGGGGCCUAUCCCCAGGUGCAUGUCUUUGGAGGUGGGAGGGGCCUAUCCCCAGGUGCAUGUCUUUGGAGGUGGGAGGGGCCUAUCCCCAGGUGCAUUUCCUUGGAGGUGGGAGGAAGCCGGAGUACCCAGAGUAGAACCCACGCAGUCACGGGGAGAACAUGCAAACUCCACACAGAAAGAUCCCAAGCCUGGGAUUGAACUCAGGACCUUCCUAUUGUGAAGCACAUGCACUAACCCCUGUUCCAACAUGCUGCCCAAAAUAUAUGUGUAUAUAUAUAUAUAUUUUUUUUGUUUUUGUUUUGUUUUGUUUUGUUUUGUUUUUGUUUUUGUUUGUUUUUGUUUGUGUGUUUUUUAAUGUAGCCUUGAUGAUGUCUUCAGGAUAUACUGAACAAUGUACAUUUUCAAAAGAUAAAUUCUGAUACUUUUGAAAAGGUAUCCCUAUUUAAAGAAAUAAAUAACUCCCUUACCUCAAAAUUGAAUAAUUCCAUGUUACCACACUGCUUGAUGUCCAAUCAAAGUGUUACUGACCACCACCAUUUAUUUUCUUGACUGUAUUAGAAGGUUAAGCAAUUAAAACAUUCGUUUGAAAUCAAAUAAAU